UCGGCGACCCUACACAAUCCUACAUGCGAUCCGCACCAAAUACAUAUGAUCUAACGGUGGUGGGACGAGUUGUGACGAGUGGACACUGGACAGUGUGGGAUAGUGGACUAGUAGCAGAGACUGGAGAGUGGAGUACGCAGGAGUACGCGCGUAACGGCUGCCAGGCUGCGUACAAGAGUCAAAAAGUCUGUUGCGUCAAGCGGAUCCCGAUCCCGCCGAUUAAUCGUCUCGCGUUAGAGAAGCGCCUGGCAAGAGUGACCUCGAAGUGACGGAGGGAAGCAUGGUAACGAUGAAUUGACAGACGUGCACCAGUACCUAGUUCUUGCACCACAUGUAGAGACCGGUAGAGAGGAAGUCGUGGCGGAGGAUUCCGGACUGUCGACGUGCCUCCCGAGACGCGUGACGAUGCGAGUUCGCUUCGUCGCUUUAGCGGUCGACGUCGGAUACGAUCGCGUCGCGACGUUGCAGAAACUGUAGAUGAAGCUGUGCACUCUGCCUGGUUUCUAAUCGAGCCAGAAGAUCCAGUCUGUCGAGUCUGAAGGUUCAAUUUGUCCGACGAACAUCCACGAAUUAGCUACAGAAUUAAUUGUCUUGUUCUUUCUCUUGAUACUCCUCGUGCCUAGAGGAGAGGUUUUAUUAUAAUACUUUUGGUGAAGGUGUGAUAAACUAAAGCGACAGGAUGAUGAUGGGUGAUCAGUUUCGUAGUAAAGUGGAGCAGUACUCGCCGAAGUCUUCGCCGAGGGGAGCACGAUCUCCAGUUGUAUCUCGUCAAGACUCCACAGGCACGCUAAAGACAACCAUUUCCCUUGGAAAGAAUCCUUCAAUUCUACACAGUGGACCAUUCUAUCUGAUGAAGGAACCCCCAGGAGAAAGUGAACUUACCGGAGCAACAAAUUUGAUGGCUUAUUAUGGCCUGGAACAUUCUUAUAGCAAGUUUAGUGGUAAAAAGCUUAAAGAGCAGCUAUCAUCUUUCUUGCCAAAUUUACCUGGUAUUAUAGAUAGGCCUGGGCAUCUAGAUAAUAGCUCAUUAAGAUCAGUGAUUGAGAAACCUCCUAUAGGUGGUAAAGAGUUAUUGCCUUUAACGAGUGUACAGCUUGCUGGUUUCCGAUUGCAUCCUGGCCCACUGCCAGAGCAGUAUAGAUAUAUAAAUCAAGCCCCUCAGAGAAAACAUAAAAAUAAGCAUAAGAAACAUAAGCACAAGCCUGGGGAGGUGCUCAGUGGACAGGAGACCGCGACGACGGACGUGGGUGGUUCCGAUACGCAUGAAAAGAAACAUAAGAAGCAGAAAAGACACGAUGAAGAAAAGGAGGCUAGGAAAAAACGAAAAAAAGAGAAGAAGAGGAAAAAGCAGAAACACAGCCCGGAGCAUACCGGCAGUCUCACACCGUCUCAGCAUUCCAAUUCGUGAUCUCUAAUUUGUCCUUUUCAAUUCAUGCCAAAUUUUUGAUCAAAAUCUAAAAGAGCGAAUGAUACAAUUAAACUUUACAUACAUGCGCGUGUAUAUUUUAUUUCUUUGCGCUAGGGCUAUAAAUAUACAGAUAAUGUGAAUACAUUUGUGUUAAUUGUUUGUAUGUCUGUGCAACUUAGAGAAUUUAAAUUGAAAUUUAAUUUGAAAUUUGCAAAUUCAGAUAGAUUCAGAUUUUUCAAAUAUUAAGAUGUAAUUUGAAGAAUCAAAUCAGUAAAUUAAAUAAUCUGAAUUUCCUAAAUACAGCAAAUCUUUUGAAUAUAUUUACAAUCCUGAUUUAUAAUACAUAAGUUUAUUUUUUCAAUGUUAAAUAACACGACGAUGAAAAGAAUUCUAUGUGUAAAUGUGCAGAUAUACACAUAUUGUAUAUACACAGGCGCAUGUGUAUAUAUAUACAUCGCAUUAUAAAGCAAUAUAAUCUCUUUUCUGUUCGGAGGAUUAUGUAUAGGUCUGCUUUUAGAUGUGUAGACUUGUAUAAAAAGCUUUAUGCUUUACAAAAUUGUUUGCUCAAUCUUCCUUCAUUAUUUCGCACGCCAGACGCGAACGUUACGGUUACAUGUGCCCCGGUAGAAGUGUCUUCAUGCAAAACUGGUUAAAUUUCAUGAAAUCAUGAUUUUAAAAUGGUAGAGCAAUUAAUGUAAAUUUCCACGUUUUAUUUUUGAAAAUUUUACGACAUAGGCGAAGUUUAAUUAUUGCAAUCGAUAUCUUUUAGCUUGUAUACUUGUUUUAUCGAAAAUCGUGCAGUAUCGUUAUAUGUAUAUUGUGUUUUCUUAAGCACUCUUUCGCGACUUUUGUUUACUUGAAAGUUGCUUGUAUUAUGGUGAAAGGAGAGUGUAAAAUAUGGCCGUGUGUAACAUAACAAUUGCGCGCAGGAUACGUUAUCUAUCGGUUGCUUAUGCGGCAUCGCGUUAUAUAAUAAUUGUAACGUUACUCGAGAGUGUAAAUAUACGUAACGGAUUAACAAGAAACUAUUGUAAAGAGACAAGAUCUGUGGACAUACUGCUGUUCUGUGUGCACAGUGCUCAUUUACAAAGUUCAUAAGUGUACAAUCCACGCUUUAAGUCUGAUGCAACUGGUUUAGCGCAGAGAGAGAGAGAGAGAAAGAGAGAGAGAAAAUCCGGGAGAUGUAAUAUUUAUAGCGCGAAAGGAGAUGCAGAAUUAAAGUGAUCAAUUUCACAACAGUA